UUCCUGGACCAUUCAUACUACUAUGCUUGAAUAAGACAGCCUUGCUUCUGUUGCUUUCCUUGUGCGACCUCGUCCCGACCUGAGUCUGAUCACAACUACUUUCACGUCGCAUUGACAGCUAAGGGGUGGCCUUGCCAUCUUUGCACCCGUUCACCCUUCACCCUUCACACUCCUUCACCAUGUUCGCAGAGCACCGAUAUACCUUACUUGGAGGCCAAUCCAGCAUGGCCACCAUCUUCAGCAGAUGGCGUAAAUCAUGGACCUUCGGAAUGGUUGCCACAUUCUUAGUCGUCAUAUAUCUCUUCUUUGGCUCCGUCUUCGUAGGCGGCAUUAUACCCGAUAGCCAUUCUACGCAGUCUAAUACGCCUAUCCCAGCUGGUCAGGUACCAAGUCCGAACAACGGCGCUGUGGACACACCCCACCCGACCCUUCCAUUCGACGAGCUCAUUCGGCAGCUGUGGGAGCCGCAGAAGCUGGACAUUACUGCGCCCGAAUUUGUUGAUCAGGAUGGAGACUUACACAAACUGCCUGCGGAGCCGUUCAUCAAGGAGAAGCUUGGAAAGCGUCUACUCAUUUUGGAUGUCGACACAAGGCCGUAUGAUGGAGAAGGCGAACUCUUCAACACAAAGAAGGAAUGGGAUUGGAAUACGGUCAAGCAUCUUUCAGCCGGAAUCAUUGGACACUACAUGUAUUCUGUCAUCCACGGCUACGAUUAUUUGAUGCUCCGAGCCCCCAGAUAUGAGGACCGACACGAUGCCUGGGGCAAGGUCUUGAUGAUGGAAUAUGCACUCAAGAACCACGACUACGUCGUCUUCUACGACAGCGACGCCAUCAUGGCAAACCCAGAAGUUCCAAUCGAGUGGCUGAUGAACUACUGGCAAAUAACCUCAAACUAUUCCAUCGCAAUCGCCUCCGAGUCCCUCCUAGAACGCGACAAGGACGAGAAGGGCAACCCGGGUCAGAACUCGGGCUUCAUGAUCGUCAACAACAUUCCCAAAACCCACGAGAUUUACCGUGCAUGGGCCGAGUGCCCCGAGGAAUCCCACUACCCCGGCUGCGCAAAGUGGAAGCAGACAAGGCUGCGCGAACAGAGCGCCUUCUCAAACUACGUCGUGUACGAAUACAAGGACGAAAUCAAGAUCCUCCCCUGUGCCGAGGCGAAUGGGUAUCCAGAGCAGGACCCGGACUCGCAUUGCAAGGGCGUCUUCCUGCGUCACCACUGGAUGCACAAGGAGCUGACGAAGGAUAUGUUUGCGCAUAAUGUCAUGCGCAUGUGGGCGCCGCGCAUCCACAAGCACUACAUGGACAACUACAACGAUCUGGUCGAGGACUUGCAGGACAAGAAGUUUGUUGGAAGUAAGAUGGUCGACAAGACGGCCUGAUGGACGGAACUCUCAUUCUCGACUACCAAUCAAUCAGCCUAGACGGCAACACAACCCAUCCUAUCUAUAGACC